CUCACUCUGCAUCAUCCCCAUGUCCAUUUACCAGGACUAGUCGCUCCCUCUUCGUUCCUUUCUCCUGUUUUCUCUCUGCCCAGACACUGGCCGCUCCGAACUAAGGUCGCCGGUGCCUCAGAGAACCUCCCUCACGCUCGUUUGUUGUUCCCCCGCCUUCGUUUUCGUACAGGAUGUCCGGCCCCUCUACGAUCAACGCUGCCUCCGCCUCGGUCCUCGAUUCUGCCCUGGCCGUCAGCAAGGACAGUACGUACGGUGCCGCCUUUGUCGGGAUGGCGGCUUCCUCUGCACUAUUUGGUAUCGUGUGCUCGCAAAUGUUCACGUACUUAAGGCGAUAUCCCCUCGACCGUCCCUUCUACAAGAUACUGGUUGCCUUGCUGUGGCUCAUCGAGGCGGUGGACCAAGCGUUCAUCGCACAUGCAGCGUACUACUACACAGUCAGCAACUGGGGUAACCCUGUCGUCCUGAUCGCUGCGCCAGUAUGGUCGCUCGUUGUCCAAGUCCUCCUCGGCGCAGUUGCAGGGGCUAUCGUCAAGAUAUGUUUCGCCAUGCGCGUCUGGCGAUUUAGCGGCGGUAACCGUCCUGUCACUGGGAUGAUUCUCGCCUUAGCUGUCGCCCAAUUGGCAGCGGCGUGUGUGUACACCGAGAGAGGGCUUAAGAUAGCAAGUCUCCUUGAGAUAGACAGCUUGAAAGUAGUCGGCAGUCUGUCACUCGGCCUUGGAAUGGCCACCGAUAUUGUUACCGCCGCAUCCCUUUGCUGGUUCCUGCAGGGGCUGCGAACGGGAUACUCCAAAGAUGACUCACUGGUCAACACGCUAAGCUUGUAUGCUGUCAAUACCGGCGUUCUAACAAGCGCCGUCAGUUUAUCUACUAUGAUUCUGUACAACAUCAUGCCAAGCAACUUCAUUUUCAUAGCACUCUAUUUUGUUCUCAGCAAACUGUAUGUGAAUUCAUUCUUGGCUACGCUCAACACCCGACGAGUACUUCGUGGGCGCGGGACUGACGCCGAGACAAACACGAUGCCGACGUUCCUCAUGGUCGGCAAGCUCACUAGGCACGAAAACCACCCGGAUACCAUGCACCACGCCUAUCCGCCAUCGGCGGCACACUCAUGGACGUCACGCUCUAAGCAGGACCUACUGCGCUCGCAAACCAGUGCGCUUGAGGUCGAAAUCGAGCAGGAGGUGACCGUCACGCGCGACUCGGUUCGAUAUGGUGUCGCAGUAUAAGUCGUACGACGAGUUUAAAGCGUCGCGCUACACCUGAUCGGCAGCUGCCAGUUCACCCCACUGCGCAGUCUCGCAGCGCGCAGUCAAGGGGAAUACCUAAUUGUCACGGAAUUCCGUACCGCAUUCCACGUUAUAACUCGUCCCUGUUCUGCUACUGAUCGCGCGGCGCACGCGACCUUUUCGUUGGUAUUAAUGCAUUCCUAGGACCCCUCCUUCCCGCCGGUUCCGCCUUUCACACCGGGAUACAUCUCUCUGUUAUCUGUGCGCGCGUGCGCAUAAUCGUUUGUGCUAUCGGUCACCUUCUUUUAGCGCAUCGUUCUAUUCGCUUUUGUUCGUUUCUUGCUUUCGUUGUUGUCGUUGUGUACCCGAUAGUUAUGUUGGUUAUUUUGUUUCUCGAAAAGUCGCCUUCAGUGAAGGCUUUACAUGGUUUUACGCCGUAGAGAUGAAGUGUAUUUUUCUGUAGUCUACCUUGAAUAUAAAGGAAUCC